AUGCCGGCAAAAACAUUGGAUAAUGUUAAGCCUUUGGGUGAAUUGAACCCUGAUUUUGUACUUUCUGUAAAGUAUACCGUUGAUGAAAAAGGUAUCCCAUUGGAAAAUUCUGAUGGAAAGUUUGCUACUUUAAUUAAAACUUUAAUAAAAGCUGGAUUUUAUAGUCAAGUUAGACCUGGUGAAGAUUCAACUUUAUUAGUAUUUAUCAAAUUAAAUGAUUCAACUUUAUUAAAAGCUUUAAAAUCUUUCCAUUUAAAAGAUUACUUGUAUGGUGUUAAUAAUUCAAUUGAUGAUGAUGAACAAAUUUUGGAAAAAUUAACAACUGCUGAAAAAUUACGUACUGGUUAUUCAAUCAUUACUGAUCCUGAAUUUGAAGGUGGUGCUGGUAUAACCGCUGGUUCAGGUCAAUGGGAAUUUGUUGAUAAAAUCAUUCCAUUACAUGAUUAUGAAUUGAAUAAAAAAUUAUUAGAUACUUGGUUGAAAAAACCAUUGAUUGAUGAAAAUGAUAUUGCAACUAUUAAAGAUAUUGCAGGUGAACGAGUUGCAUUAUAUUUUGGUUUUGUUAGAUUUUAUACCGUUUGGUUAGUUGUUCCUUCUGUUCUUGGAUUCUUAUCUUAUUUCUUCUUUAAGAGAUAUUCUGCUAUCUUCACAUUUUUGAAUUUGUUUUGGGCCAUUUUAUUUACAAAUUCAUGGAAAAAGAAGGAAAAUAUCUAUUCUAUUACUUGGAACACUAAGGAUUCUUCUUUAAUUGAACCUAAAAGAAGUGAAUUUGUUGGUGAAGUUGAAGAAUUGGAUAAUGUUACCGGUAUUAAAUCUCCAAAAUUCCCAUCCUACAAGAGAUCAUUAAGACAAUUGGCUUUUAUUCCAAUUGCUUUAACUUUUGCUUUAGUUUUGUUAUCUUAUCAAUUUGGUUGUUUCUUUAUUGAAAUCUUUUUAAAUGAAAUUUAUCAAGGUUCUGGUAAAAUCUUCCUAAGUUUAGUUCCAACUGUAUUAAUUGUUGCAUUUAUUCCAAUCAUUACCGCGGUUUAUACCAUUUUUGUUGAUAAAUUUGUUGCAUGGGAAAAUCAUGAAACUCAAACAACUCAUGAUCGUUCUGUUAUUCAAAAACAAUUUGUUUUGAACUUUUUGGCUUCAUAUGUUCCAUUAAUCAUUACAAGUUUUGUUUAUUUACCAUUUGGUCAUUUAGUUAAUCCAUAUUUAUCAUUUAUUUAUGGCUAUACCAAUAGAUAUAACAUUACUAUUAAUCAAUCCCAUUUUGAAAUCAAUAAAGACCGUUUAAAUCAACAAUUUGCUUAUUUUGCCGUUACAAAUCAAGUUGUUGGAUUCUUUGUGGAAAAUAUUGUUCCUGUUGUUAUUAGAAAAGUUACUGAACAUUUUAGAAAAUCAAAAGAACAAAAUGCUGCAGUUGCUUUAACUGAUUUACCUGAAGAAGCUGAAUUUUUGGAACAAGUUCGUAAACAAGUUACAUUACCUCCUUUCAAUGUUGAUGAUGAAUAUAGAGAAUUAACUAUUCAAUUUGGUUAUUUAGCUUUAUUUGGUCCUGUUUGGUCAUUAUCUCCAAUUGUUUCAUUAAUUAGUAACUGGGUUGAAUUCAGAGGUGAUGCUUAUAAAUUAUUUAAUGAAGCUGCAAGACCAAUCCCUCAUAAAGCUGAUUCAAUUGAUCCAUGGAACAAGAAUUUAAGAGGUUUAACUUGGUUUGCCACUUUAGUUGCACCAGCUGUUACUGCAUUAUUUAGACAAUCUGAUUUAUAUGAUGUUGAUUCAUUUUCUCAUUUGAAAUCACCAGUUAGAUUACAACCAUGGACUUUAUUAGCUAUUGUUCUUUUCUCUGAACAUUUAUUAGUUGCUUUGAAUUUCAUUGUUGAAAGUGUUUAUGGUAAAAUUACUUCUGAAAAGGAAGCUCAAUAUGAAUCUAACUUAUACAAGACACGUCGUCAAUACAUUGAAGGUUAUUUACAACAAACUGGUGGUGCUUCAAAUGGUGUUUCCAAAAGAUCUGUUCCAAUUGAUCCAACUGAAACUUAUUGGGAAAAUUUCUCAGAUGAAGAAGUUGUUAAACAUGCAGGUAUUAUUCCAAAACAAGUUUUAGAUGCUAUUGCAUUCAAGAGAGAAAAAGAAGAAGCUGAAAAACAAGAAGCUAAAGUUCUUGCUGAAAAGAAGAAGGCUGAAGCUCAACAAUCUAAACAAUUUGAACAAGAAAAGGUUCAAAAUGAAAAAUUAGCUUCACAUUCUGCUUAUCAAUCUUAUCCGGAAGAUUCUGCUUCUAAUUUACAAUCUCGUUCAAAUAGAUCUGCUCAAGUUCCUUCUCAAGUUCCUGCUCAAGAACCUGUUGAUUCCACUACUGCUUCUAAAGGUGUCCCUGCAACUUCUGUUCCUUAUGCUUCAAACACUCAACCAUCAACUCAAGGUAAUGGUCAUGGUGUUGGUGUUGCCGCUGCUACUGCUGCCGCUGUUGGUGGUGGUUCCGCUUUAGCUGCUGGUCAAGGUGGUCAACAAGCCGGUCAAGAAGGUCUUUCUAAAGGUUUUGAUGCUUAUACUUCUCAUCCAUCCCAAACUGGUGCUCCAACUGGCUCUCAAGCUGGUCCUCAAACUGGUGCUACUGGUGGUAAUGUUCCUCAAAUUAAUGUUAAUGAUGCUUCUACUGGUUCAGGUUCAGGUUCAGCCCCUCAAACUUCUCAAGGUUAUCCUGCUGAAUAUGGUACUGCUGGUACUAGUAAAAUCCCAUCUGAUGUUUCUUCCACUCAAAGAUCUCUUGAUCCAGCUGCCAAUAAAGGUUCUUCAUCUUCAGGUUCAAAUGCUGGUACCGCUGCAGGUAUUGGUGCAGGUGCUGGUUUAGCCGGUGCUGGUGCUGCUACUGGUUCAGGUUCAGGUUCUUCUUCAUCAAAGAGAGCUUCUGGUGUUCCAGCAGGUGCUACUUCAACUUCUGGUAAAUCUGCUGUUUCUAAUGAUGCUGUUUCUGAAAACUCUGCUACUUCUGCUCCAUCUACAAAAUCUAGUAAUAGAAAGAGUGGUUUCUUUUCUAAAUUCACCAAGAAGGAUGCUUCUUCAAUUGCAAAAGCUGCUAAAGAAGAUGGUUCAAAACAUUUAGCUGAAGGUAAAAACAUUGCUGGUGACUUGAAAAAAGGUGAUUUAUCAAGUACAAAGAAAUUAGCUAAUGAUGUUAAAAGUAAUCCUGAUGAAUAUAUUGGUAACACUAAAAAGGCUCUCAACUCUUCUGAUUAUAAAUCUGGCUCAGGUGCUGCUUCAGGUUCAGACGCAGGUACUGGUGCUGGUGCUUCAUCAUCAGGUGCUAAUGCUCAAGGUCCAGAAUCUUCAUCUUCAGGAUAUGGUAAAGCUGCUGGUGUUGGUGCAGGUGCUGGUUUAGCCGGUGCAGGUAUCGCAGCUUCAAGUGGUCAUGGUUCUGAAAAAUCUUCUUCUGCUCCACAACCAAAUAUUGGUUCUCGUCAAGCUGCUGCUGAAACUCCAUCUGGUCCUAAAGGUGAUGAUGUUUAUGCUUCUCAACCAACUUCAAGCAGGGUUGAUCCUCAAGGUGAUAAUGUCAAUCCUUACAAUGCUGUUCCAAAAGAUACUCAACAAUCCUCUUCUGCUAAUCCAUCUACUACAUCUGGAUCACAAUCUCAUGGUAAAGAAGCUGCUGGCUUAGGCGCUGCUGGUGUUGGUGCUUCUGCCGCUUCAGGUUCAGGUUCAGGUUCAAAAUCUACCGCUACUGAAGCUCCAAAAGAAGAAAAGAAAGGUGGUUUCUUAUCCAAGUUUACAAAGAAAGAUGCUUCUUCUAUUGGUAAAGCUGCUAAAGAAGAUGGUACCAAACAUUUUGCUGAAGGUAAAAACAUUGCUGGUGAUUUGAAGAAAGGUGAUUACUCAAGUGCCCAAAAAUUCGCUGGUGAUGUCAAGAGUAACCCAGAUGAAUAUAUUGGUAACACUAAGAAUGCUUUCAACUCCUCUGACUACAAAUCUUCUGGCAAAGGUGCUUCAGCUGCUGGUGCCGGUACUGGUGCUGCUACAGGCGCUGGUGUUGGUACUGCUGGUGCUUCUGGUAAAUCUUCAGGCUCUGAUCCAACUGGUUCCUCAACUUCAGGUCAAUAUGGUUCAAGUACUACUCGUGAUUCUGAUGCUCUUGAAAAUGCAAGAGGUCCUGGUGAUGCCUCAGCUGCUACUCAAAAUGCUCAUGGUCCAAGCUCUUCUUCUUCUGGUCACGGUAAAUCUGCUGCUAUUGGUGCUGGUGCUGGUGCCGGUGCAGCUGGUCUUGGUGCUUCUGCUGCUUCUGGUUCAGAAUCUGGUUCAACUGCUACUGAAGCCCCAGAAGACACAAAGAAAGGUGGUUUCUUAUCUAAGUUCUCAAAGAAUGACGCUUCUUCUCUUGGUAAUGCUGUUAAAGAUGAUGGUACCAAACAUUUUGCUGAAGGUAAAAACAUCGCUGGUGAUUUGAAGAAAGGUGAUUACUCAAGUGCCCAAAAAUUCGCUGGUGAUGUCAAGAAAAACCCAGAUGAAUAUAUUGGUAACACUAAGAAUGCUUUCAACUCUUCUGACUACAAAUCUUCUGGUAAAGGUGCUUCAUCUGCUGGUGCUGGUACUGGUGCUGCCACAGGCGCUGGUGUUGGUGCUGCUGGUGCUUCAGGUACAUCUUCAAGAUCUGCUCCAACCGACUCUUCUGCAACUGGUUCAUCUACUUCAGGUCCAUAUGGCUCAAGUGCCACACGUGAUUCUGAUGCUCUUGAAAAUGCAAGAGGUCCAGGUGAUGCUCCUUUAGCUGCUCAAAAUGCUCAAGGUCCAGAUUCUUUUUCUUCAGGUUACGGUAAAGCUGCUGGUAUUGGUGCUGGAGCUGCUGCUGCAGGUGCUGGUAUCGCUGGUCUAGCUGGUCGUGGUUCAAAUGGUGCUGAUACUACUAAUGCUUCUCAACCAACCACUGCCGGUUCUGCUACAGGUCAACCAUCAACCUCAGGUACUACUGCUCCAUCCUCUUCUGCUGGUUAUCAAGGUGAUGAUGUCUCAGGCUUAUCAUCAAAAACCAGAGAUGUUCCUCAAUCUGACUCUGCAUAUGGCUCAACUUCUUCUACUACUGAAGCUCCAAAAGAAGAAAAGAAAGGUGGUUUGUUCUCUUUCUUUAACAAAAAGGAUGCUACUUCAAUUGCCCAAGCUGCCAAAGAAGAUGGUACAAAAUUAGCUUCCGAAGGUAAAAAUGUUUUUGAAGAUGUUAAGAAAGGUGAUUAUUCAAGUGCUAAAAAAUUAGCUAGUGAUAUCAAAGACUCUCCUGAUCAAUACAUUGGUAACACCAAACAAGCCUUCCAACAAUCUGGUCAAGGUGAACAUGGUGCUGCUACUGGUGCUACAACUGGUUCAACUGGUGCCCCUGCUCAAGACUACACUCAUGGUGCUAGUCAAGUUCCUUCUGAUUCAACUUCUUCAGGCCAUGGUAUUUCUGGUAAACAAGCUGCAACUGGUGCUGGUGUUGCCGGUGCUGGUGCUGCUGGUGCUGCAUAUGCUACCCGUGAUCAUGAUUCAACCUCAGCUCAUCCACAGUCUUCAUCUUCUGCUACUCAACCACCAGUUUCUGGAUAUGAUUCUACAUCUAAAUCUACAGGCCCAUCAGGUUCAGGUGUUCCAACAAGUCCAGGUGCUGCAGGUGCUACUUUACCACCAAAUUAUGGUACCUCUGGUUCUCAAAAUAAAUCAACUGCUGGUACUUCAUCAUCCAACUCUGCUUAUGGUUCAUCAUCCACUGGUUACACUGGUACAAACUCUGAUGUUUUCGCCAACCAACCAGAUCAAGCUUUAAGAAACUCUGACGCUAAAGGUUAUACUUCAUCUCAAGCUGCUCAACAAGGUUCAAGUGGUAAGAGUCAUGGUCAUUCAGGAGCUGCUACUGGCGCUGCCACCGGAGCUGGUAUUGGCGCAGGAGCUGCUUAUGCUGGAAAAUCUAGUUCAGGUUCAAGUUCAUCAAAACCUGAUUAUUCUGCUUCAGGUGUACACGCUGAUAAUUCUACUGGUUCAAGAUUUACUGAUCAAGGUUCUGCUUCUAACCCACCAUCUUCCCAAUAUGUUUCUCAAGGUUCUGCUUCAAAUCCACCAUCAUCUCAAUAUGUUUCUCACGGUUCUGCUUCUAAUGCUGGUAAAUCAAGCACUUCUAGUGGUAAUGCACCAUCAGAUUUAGCUGGUUCAAAUAGAAAUCCAUUUGUUACUGGUGAAGCUACUUCUCAAUCAAAUAAACCAACAGCUGAUGAUGGUGCACCAACUUUAGAUCCUAAAUCUGCUGGUCAUGUUAAAUCUACAGAUGCUUCUUUUAAACCUUCAAAAGUUCCAGCAACUGAAGAAUCACAUCCAACCUCAUUAGGAGGUGCUGAAAAGGAACAUGCUAACCAAGGUGGAUUUGGUCUUGGUGGUAUUGCAGGUGCUGUCGCAGGCGCUGCAGGUGCUGCUGGUUUAUCUAAUAAAUUUGGUGGCCAUGGUGGUGAAACUAAAGAAGGUUCAAUUCCAAGUGGUGGUCAAAAUGUUAGCUCAAAUUUAGCAUCCGAUGGUGAAAGAGCUACCCAAGGUGGUGGUUAUAAUGCUUAUUUAGAGAAAGCUAAAGGAUAUGGUGAAAAGUAUGGUUCUCAAUUUAAUGAUUAUGUUCAACAAGGUGCUCAUAAAGUUGAUGAAUAUGCUAAGAAUAGUGAUAAUGAAUAUAUUACUAAAGGUAAUGUUUAUGUUCAAAAGGCUGCUGAAAAAUCUGAUGAAUAUGCUAAGCAACAAGCUGAAAGAGAAACUAAAGAAGGUAUUUCAGGUGGCUCUAAAGAUGCUACUGAUCCAACAGGUUCAGCUGGCGCUGCUGCUACUAAACCAAGUUCAGGUGGUGCUACAACAGGUGCUGCCACAGGUGCUACUGCUGGUGCCACAGCUGGUGGAUUAAGUGCAAGUAAUGCAGGACCAAAUGCUGAUAAAAAAUCAUCAACAUCAGGAGCAUCCCAAAAAUCAUCCAAAUCAGCCUAUAACCAAUUUAGUAAAGAACAUACAAAAUCACAAGAAAAGAAUGAAAUUGAACCAUCAUCAGGUUCAUUACCACAACAUUUCCAAUAUGAAAAUAAGAAUCCAUACACUGGUCAAACCGGUCCAGUUCCUGGUACUGAAGACAAAGUUUUAGAUACUGAUGGAAAUCCAACUACUAGUGAUAAUGCAGUUAGAUCUAAACCAGCCAAACAAUAUGGUGAUGAAUUAGCCCCACCUAAAACCACAAAUGAUGUUGAAUCUGCCUCAAGUCAAUCAUCACCAAGAAAGAAGAAAAGUUUCUUAUCAUCAUUAAAGAAUAAAGUUAAAGGUAGUCCAAGUCCAAAUAGUUCAACACAAACUUCACCAAAGAAGACUACAGCUUGA